AUGAUGUUCAAUUUUUAUCAGUUUCUCUAUAACCUGCAAAAUGUUUCCCCAUUUAUUGAUUUUUCAGUACUAAAACAACUUACCCACACGAAAAUGAGGGAAAAUGAGCCGGCAAGAUUUGAGACUCGUUCAUUCAGUCAAUUAAUAGAUCAUGCAAGAAGUUGGAAGACGGAGGUGCGCGGCAUGACAACACAAGGAUUCACAAAAAUUAGCCUCAUGCGUGCAGAAAAAGAUCGUCUCAACAUGUAUGCAAUAUCUUCAGUACCUGGUACAAAUACACAGUCGAUCUUUUCCGUGACAAUUCCCUUGGAACUCGUUGAGAAAGCUCAAGUGGCCGAUCGUAAAUUUGAGUUGAAGCUGAAAUCGGGGUACAAUGUAGAUUCAUACAUCCGCAUGUCUUGCAGGAAAACUCCACCGUCCGCAGAGUUUACGUUGCAAUGUGAGCGGCAAAGAUCACAAGUUGUCACUGGAAUAUCAGAUUAUGAGAUAAGAAAUGGAAAGAUGAUUUUGAUGGCUGGCGAUCAAUUGUUCCGAUAUAAUCCACUCAAUGAAGCACUCGCAGCGAUUCCGAUAGCAGUGCCGGAUGAUCAAUCAUCAACAGAACCAAUGGAUAUUUCUGAAGGUUCAAUCACAUCAGGAACCAAAGGAUGCUCUAACGAAGCUCCACAGUCUUCAACUGUUCCACCUGUGACAAGAAUUCCCAUAAAGAAGCCAACUACUUCAACUGAGAAACCAGCAACAGCACCUCCUACUAAUAACUUUGUCUCUUCUGCAAAAGUUUGUCCAGCUGACAGUUCUCUCCUGGCAUAUGUUCUAAACAAGCAGGUAUACAUUGAGAAAAACGGUAAAAUUAUCCAUAGGACAUCAUCAAAUUCAAAGCACAUCACAAAUGGCGUACCGUCUUACAUUGUUCAGGAAGAAUUGGAAAGAUUCGAAGGAAUUUGGUGGAGUGAAUCUAAGACUAGACUCCUAUACGAACACGUAAAUGAGGAAAAAGUCGCUGAAUCUCAAUUUGGUGUCAACGGAGAUCCGCCUGUGGCACCAAUGAAGUACCCGAGAGCUGGGACAAAGAAUGCCUACAGUACACUCCGAAUGGUUAUUUUGGAAAAUGGAAAGGCUUAUGAUGUUCCACUCAAGGAUGAGGUUAUCUAUAAACAUUGUCCAUUUUAUGAAUACAUAACACGUGCGGGAUUCUUUUCCGAUGGAACUACAGUUUGGGUUCAAGUGAUGUCUCGUGAUCAAGCUCAAUGCUCUCUUCUUCUUAUUCCUUACACAGAUUUCUUGUUACCAGAAGAACUUGGGGGGUCAAUAAAAGAAGAUAAUUUACAACUGAGCACUGAUUUGAAUAUGGGCGUUUGGGACGACAAGUCGCACGAAGAAACAAUGGAAAAACCGCCACGUGGAAAACUGAGGGGAACUGUACAAAUUCAUAAGGCUCGCAAUGAUUAUUGGAUUAAUACUCAUAAUGCUAUUUAUCCAUUGAAAAUCACUGAUGAAGAACAUCCAAUGUACGAGUUCAUUUAUUGUUUGGAAAAGCCCAAUGGAAGUUGUCUUGCACUUAUCUCUGCCGAACUUGAUCAAAACGGAUAUUGCCGUCAUACCGAAGAAAAGCUUCUGAUGGCUGAAAACUUUUCGAUUAACAAAUCAAUGGGGAUUGUUGUUGAUGAAGUGAGAGAACUGGUAUAUUACGUUGCAAACGAAUCUCAUCCAACUGAAUGGAAUAUAUGUGUCUCCCACUAUCGUACUGGCCAACAUGCACAACUCACUGAAAGUGGAAUAUGCUUCAAAUCUGAGCGAGCAAACGGAAAACUUGCACUGGAUUUGGAUCAUGGAUUUGCGUGUUAUAUGACAAGUGUCGGAUCACCAGCUGAAUGCAGAUUCUAUUCUUUCCGAUGGAAAGAGAAUGAGGUGUUGCCAUCAACUGUUUAUGCUGCUAAUAUAACCGUCUCCGGACAUCCAGGACAACCGGAUUUGCAUUUUGAUUCACCGGAGAUGAUUGAAUUUCAAUCGAAAAAAACAGGUCUAAUGCACUAUGCGAUGAUUCUCCGUCCAAGCAACUUUGAUCCAUACAAAAAAUAUCCAGUAUUUCAUUACGUUUAUGGAGGACCUGGUAUACAAAUAGUUCAUAACGAUUUUUCUUGGAUUCAGUACAUACGAUUCUGCCGCCUUGGAUAUGUCGUCGUUUUCAUUGAUAAUCGCGGUUCGGCGCAUCGUGGAAUAGAGUUUGAGCGUCAUAUACACAAGAAAAUGGGAACUGUUGAAGUGGAAGAUCAAGUGGAAGGACUCCAGAUGCUUGCUGAACGAACUGGUGGUUUUAUGGAUAUGAGUCGUGUGGUUGUUCAUGGAUGGAGUUAUGGUGGAUAUAUGGCUCUUCAAAUGAUUGCUAAACAUCCUAAUAUUUAUCGUGCUGCUAUUGCCGGUGGAGCUGUCUCAGAUUGGCGUCUCUAUGAUACUGCCUACACUGAACGAUAUAUGGGAUAUCCACUCGAAGAACAUGUUUAUGGUGCGAGCUCGAUAACUGGAUUAGUUGAAAAACUGCCCGACGAACCAAAUCGUUUAAUGUUGGUUCAUGGAUUGAUGGAUGAGAAUGUUCAUUUUGCACAUUUAACACAUCUUGUUGAUGAGUGUAUUAAAAAAGGAAAAUGGCAUGAGUUGGUGAUCUUCCCAAAUGAGCGUCAUGGUGUUCGUAACAACGAUGCAAGUAUUUAUCUGGAUGCCCGUAUGAUGUAUUUCGCUCAACAAGCUAUUCAAGGUUUUGGACCAACCACUGCCGCUCCAAGACAAGGCCCGCUUUGAUGCUAGAUUAUUAAAAUUUUAUAAAUAUUUUAACUGUUUUACUUAUUUAAUAUUAUAACUCCUAACUUUUAAGUAUUCCCCAUUUAUCUUUUUUUAUCCCCGUUAUGUCUAUUACGCCUCGAAAAUCUUAAUUAUUUCUCUGUGUAUCGAGUUAUGUAUUUAAUUCGAAUUUUUGUACUGCGCGCUGUGCGCUUGCAUGUCUUUUAAGAUUUGGUGUCAAAAAUGAAGGGUUUUCCACAUGAA